CUUGCUGUGUCGGAACUCCGAAGGUUAAAGAACAAAAGCGAGAGGAUAAAAAAUACAAAAAAAAAAGGGAACAAAUCCUGAAGUAAGAUAGAGGGUGAGGAGUGAGGAGUGAGGAGUUAACGUGAGAAAGAUGAAGGAAUAUAAAGAAUGCGGGCCCCACACUAGAGCAGCAGCAAGGAAAUAGGAAUGUAAGAUGGCAUGAAUAUUAGAGAUUGGUGCAGUGCAGCUACCAGUUCCACAUCAACAACAACAACCAUUCUCUUUUCUCUAAUAUAUAUUUUUUGUAAAUAAAUUCUAUCCAAUCGCUCCACACAAACUCCGAUCAGACUUGUAUGUCUCAGGAGAGUCCAUGCCCGCUGCUCGCCGCCCGGAAAAAUAAGCCGCCGCAUCCCUCCCCGUCGCCCCGCCGUAGGAUCAAGACCAAGUCCAGGCCUGUCAAGAUCUUGAAGCGCUGCUCUUCGGCGCCUCUUCUUAUUUCACGCCCAGAUGACGUUCACCUUCAUCAUUCCAGGACCUUGUUCCGUCCUCAAACCUUUUCCCAUGCCUUUCUCUCUUCCCCUUCUCCCUUUUCCUCUCCACGGAAACAGAUAAUAAAGGGGUAUGAGAAAGAAGCUAAGGUGGUAGUUAACGUGACCGUUGAGGGGAGUCCAGGGCCAGUUCGAACGAUGGUGAAACUGGGGGCGAGUGUGGAGGAGACAAUAAAGCGUGUGGUGGAUAAAUAUAGAGAAGAAGGCAGAAGCCCCAAGAUCGAUCCUAAUAUGUCAUCUUCAUUCCAAUUGCAUCACUCCCAUUUCAGUCUCCAGAGUUUGGAUAAAUCAGAAGUAAUUGCAGAUUUUGGUAGCAGAAAUUUUUAUCUGCGGAAGAAUAAUGAUGUUUCUCCUUUCAAUUCAUUUCAUUCGGAAAGUGCUCCCGAAUUAGUCACACAUAGCUCUACCCCAUCCAUUGCAAAUCCUCCAUUGUUGAUCCCCUCUUUCAUUGCCCGAAAGAUUAGUAAAAUUGUAAGAAGAGCUCAUCGGCUUUGGAAGAUUGUGGUUUGUUCGCAAUGAGGAACAAUCAAAAGCUUCGUUCUAUUCAGGGCUACUUCAAACUUUGAAAAGGAAAAGGCAACAAAAUUUUAUGUGUUGCUUUUCAACCAUUCAUUUCCACUUCGUAUAUUCGUUCUAAUAUUUGUUUAAAUUGCAUAUCUAACAUUAUGCUCAUUAGUUUUGUAAAUAUUCUGGUAUUUUUUCUUGCAGAAUAGUAGUGAUGUCAACUCAAGAUUUGGAUGGAUACAACAAACUGAGUAGUUCCUCUUAUUAAAUAAC